AUGAAGCGGAAGAGCGAGCGGCGGCCGAGCUGGGCCGCCGCGCCCCCCUGCUCGCGGCGUUGCUCGGCGUCCUCGCAUGGAGUGAAGAAGAGCCGCAGCUCCACGUCGCAGGAACUGCACCGCUUGGACCAGCAGGACGACCUGUACCUGGACAUCACCGCUUUUCAUGGAUACUGCUCCAACAAAGAUCGCCUUUGUUUUGCCAUUCUCUACAGCAGACCAAAGAGUUCAUCAAAUGUACAUUAUUUCAGCAUAGAUAAUGAACUUGAAUAUGAGAACUUCUACGCAGAUUUUGGACCACUCAAUCUGGCAAUGGUUUACAGAUAUUGUUGCAAGAUAAAUAAGAAAUUAAAGUCCAUCACAAUGAUGAGGAAGAAAAUUAUUCAUUUUACUGGCUCUGAUCAGAGAAAACAAGCAAAUGCUGCUUUCCUUAUUGGAUGUUAUAUGGUUAUAUAUUUGGGGAGGACUCCAGAAGAAGCAUAUAGAAUAUUAAUGUGUGGAAAUACAUCCUAUAUUCCUUUCAGAGAUGCUGCCUAUGGAAGUUGCAAUUUCUACAUUACACUUCUUGACUGUUUUCAUGCAGUAAAGAAGGCAAUGCAGUAUGACUUCCUUAAUUUCAACACAUUUAACCUUGAUGAAUAUGAACACUAUGAAAAAGCAGAAAAUGGAGAUUUAAAUUGGAUAAUACCAGACCGAUUUAUUGCCUUCUGUGGACCUCAUUCAAGAACCAGACUUGAAAGUGGUUACCACCAACAUUCUCCUGAGGCUUAUAUUCCAUAUUUUAAGAAUCACAACGUUACUACUAUUAUUCGUCUGAAUAAAAGGAUGUAUGAUGCCAAACGCUUUACGAAUGCUGGUUUCGAUCACUAUGACCUUUUCUUUGCGGAUGGCAGCACCCCUACUGAUGCCAUCGUCAAAGAAUUUUUGGAUAUUUGUGAAAAUGCGGAGGGUGCCAUUGCAGUACAUUGUAAAGCUGGCCUUGGACGAACGGGCACUCUAAUAGCCUGCUACAUCAUGAAGCAUUACAGGAUGACAGCAGCCGAGACCAUUGCUUGGGUCAGAAUCUGCAGACCUGGCUCAGUGAUUGGGCCUCAGCAACAGUUUUUGGUGAUGAAACAGGCAAGCCUCUGGUUGGAAGGUGACUAUUUUCGUCAAAAGUUAAGGGGUCAGGAGAAUGGAAAACACAGAGCAGCUGUCUCAAAACUCCUCUUGGCUGUUGAUGACAUUUCAAUCAAUGGGGUCGAGAAUCAAGACAAGCAAGAACCUGAACUGUACAGUGAUGAUGACGAAAUCCAUGGAGUGACACAGGGUGAUAGACUUCGUGCCCUGAAAAGCAGAAGACAGUCAAAAACAAACGCUAUUCCCCUCACAGUAAUUCUUCAGUCCAGUGUUCAGAGCUGUAAAACAUCUGAACCUAACAUUUCUGGCAGUGCAGGCAUUACUAAAAGAACCACCAGAUCUGCUUCAAGAAAAAGCAGUUUUAAAAGCCUGGUUCCUCAGAGGGAAAGAAGGAAAAGGAAUGCUUUGCAACAAAUGCCCUUAAUGGCAUUAUGGUACUCUCAUUGCUCUGCUGCUUCUGCCCGCCCUUCUUUUUUUCUUUGUUUUUAUUGUUUUUUUAUUUUUUGCAGAACUGAACCUUUUUCUGCUCUGCCUUUCUCUCCCAUUUGUCUUUACUUUAUGGUUGAUAUUGUACUGUCUUUUCCAAAAUACUUGUCAUUAAAGAAUUAUACAAAGUGUAUACUUCUUAGCAUGUCACUACUUUUAUUAUGUUGCCUUCCUUGUCUUUGGUAA